CACUGGGGUUUGUAUGAAAACACCGGGCGGCUGGCGGCGAGGCAUCUGCUGUGCGUCCAGAGAGGAGCCGGAGGCGCCGCCGAGCUGGUGUGGCGGCUCUGCCCAGUCGCUGCCAGCGCCUCAUCCAGAGCUGAUUAUCUGCAAUGUUGAAAUUAAGUAACUCAAGAUGAGCAAGUUGAAAGUGGUAUCAGAGAAAAGCCUUACCAGUAAUUCUCGGAUUGUGGGACUCCUGGCUCAGCUGGAGAAGAUCAAUACUGAGCCUACAGAAUCAGAUUCUGCCAGAUAUGUCACGUCAAAAAUUCUUCACCUGGCUCAAAGUCAAGAAAAAACAAGAAAAGAGAUGACAGCCAAAGGCUCUACAGGAAUGGAAGUUCUGCUGUCAACAUUAGAGAACACUAAAGAUCUUCAAACUACACUAAAUAUCUUAAGCAUUCUUGUUGAGCUGGUGUCAGCUGGAGGAGGUCGAAGAGCUAGUUUCUUAGUCGCCAAAGGUGGUUCACAAAUAUUGUUACAGUUACUGAUGAACACCAGCAAAGAGUCUCCCCCAAAUGAAGAGUUAAUGGUACAGAUUCAUUCUAUUCUUGCAAAGAUUGGGCCCAAAGACAAAAAAUUUGGCGUGAAAGCUAGAAUUAACGGAGCUCUGAAUAUAACGCUGAAUUUGGUCAAACAGAAUUUGCAGAAUCAUCGCUUGGUUCUGCCUUGCCUUCAGCUUUUACGAGUAUAUUCUGCUAACUCCGUGAAUUCAGUAUCCUUAGGGAAAAAUGGAGUUGUGGAACUGAUGUUUAAAAUUAUUGGACCAUUUAGUAAGAAGAAUUCAGGUCUUAUGAAGGUUGCUUUAGACACUCUUGCUGCAUUGCUAAAAUCAAAAACAAAUGCCAGGAGAGCUGUAGACAGAGGAUAUGUCCAUGUGCUUUUAACAGUUUACGUAGAUUGGCAUCGCCAUGAUAAUCGGCAUAGGAAUAUGCUCAUCCGGAAAGGAAUUUUACAGAGUUUAAAAAGUGUUACAAACAUCAAGUUGGGAAGAAAAGCGUUUAUUGAUGCCAAUGGAAUGAAAAUUUUGUAUAACACUUCACAAGAAUGCUUGGCAGUCAGGACCCUUGAUCCUCUUGUCAACACCUCCAGUCUGAUAAUGAGGAAGUGUUUUCCUAAAAACCGCCUGCCGCUCCCAACCAUUAAAAGUUCCUUCAAUUUCCAGUUGCCGGUGAUUCCUGUGACCGGACCUGUGGCCCAGCUCUACAGCUUACCGCCUGAAGUGGAUGACGUAGUAGAUGAAAGUGAUGACAACGAUGAUAUUGAUUUAGAAGCUGAAAAUGAAACUGAAAAUGAAGAUGACCUAGAUCAAAAUUUUAAGAAUGAAGAUAUUGAAACAGAUAUUAACAAACUAAAACCCCAGCAAGAACUAGGACGAGCCCUAGAAGAACUAAAAAUGUAUGAACAUCUUUUCCCUGAGCUUGUUGAUGAUUUUCAGGACUGUGAUUUAAUCUCCAAAGAACCAAAGCCUUUUGUAUUUGAAGGAAAAGCACGUGGUCCUAUUGUUGUUCCUACAGCAGGAGAGGAACCAUCUGGGAAUUCAGGUGAUUUAAGGAAAGGUGUUGUAAUGCAAGAGAAUGUAUCUUUUGAAGGAGAUGAAGAUGAUAAGGCUCCCUUUGUGGAUCUAGCAAAAGAAGAGACUAAAGAUAAUGACAGAACGUUACAGCAUCAGCUAGGUGAUCAGAAUAGAACUAUUUCACCAGUCCAUGGUGUAAAUAAUGAUAUUGUAAAGGCCUUGGACCGAAUUACAUUGCAGAAUAUUCCUUCUCAAACAUCCCCGGGUUUUACUGCAGGAAUGAAGAAGGACUGCAAUCUUCCUCUUACUGUCCUUUCAUGCACUAAAGCUUGUCCACACGUGGCUGCUUGUGGAAAUGUUCUGUUUGAGGGAAGAACAGUUCAGCUAGGGAAGCUUUGCUGCACUGGAGUCGAAACUGAAGAUGAUGAAGAUACUGAGUCUAAUUCAUCAGUAGAACAGGCAUCAGUCGAUGUACCUGAUGGACCAACACUCCAUGACUCAGAUCUGUAUGUUGAGGUUGUGAAAAAUACGAAGUCUGUCCCAGAAUACUCAGAGGUGGCUUAUCCUGAUUAUUUUGGUCACAUUCCACCUCCAUUCAAAGAGCCUAUUUUAGAAAGGCCUUAUGGUGUACAGAGGACAAAAAUUGCUCAAGAUAUUGAGAGACUGAUACAUCAGAGUGAUAUCAUAGAUCGAGUGGUGUAUGACUUAGAUAACCCAAAUUACAUCAUUCCAGAAGAAGCAGAUAUUUUGAAGUUUAACUCCAAAUUUGAAUCUGGGAAUCUGCGCAAAGUAAUUCAAAUUAGAAAAAAUGAAUAUGAUCUUAUUCUGAACUCAGAUAUAAACAGCAAUCAUUAUCAUCAGUGGUUUUACUUUGAAGUCAGUGGAAUGAGGCCAGGUGUUGCUUACAGGUUUAACAUCAUUAACUGUGAAAAGUCCAACAGUCAGUUUAAUUAUGGUAUGCAACCACUCAUGUACUCUGUUCAGGAAGCAUUAAAUGCCAGACCAUGGUGGAUUCGUGUGGGGACUGACAUUUGUUACUAUAAAAAUCACUUCUCAAGAAGUUCUGUUGCUGCUGGUGGGCAGAAGGGAAAGUCUUACUAUACAAUUACAUUCACUGUCAGUUUUCCACAUAAAGAUGAUGUUUGCUACUUUGCUUAUCACUAUCCAUAUACGUAUUCAACUUUGCAGAUGCAUCUUCAAAAAUUGGAAUCAGCACACAAUCCUCAACAAAUCUAUUUUCGAAAAGAUGUGUUGUGUGAAACCCUGUCUGGAAACAGCUGUCCCUUGGUGACUAUAACAGCAAUGCCAGAGUCUAAUUAUUAUGAACAUAUCUGUCAAUUCAGAAAUCGCCCUUACGUUUUCUUAUCUGCUCGGGUACAUCCUGGAGAAACUAACGCAAGUUGGGUUAUGAAAGGAACAUUGGAGUAUCUCAUGAGUAAUAACCCUACUGCUCAGAGCUUGCGAGAAUCCUAUAUUUUUAAAAUUGUCCCUAUGCUAAAUCCAGAUGGUGUCAUCAAUGGAAACCACCGCUGUUCUUUAAGCGGAGAGGAUUUGAACAGACAGUGGCAAAGUCCAAAUCCAGAUUUACAUCCUACGAUUUACCACGCCAAGGGGCUGCUGCAGUACCUGGCUGCAGUGAAGCGUUUACCCCUGGUUUUUUGUGAUUAUCAUGGCCACUCCCGAAAGAAAAAUGUAUUUAUGUAUGGCUGCAGCAUCAAAGAGACAGUGUGGCAUACCAGUGAUAAUGCGACUUCAUGUGAUAUAGUGGAAGAUAUGGGAUACAGGACUUUGCCUAAGAUACUGAGCCAUAUUGCCCCAGCAUUUUGCAUGAGCAGCUGUAGCUUCGUGGUGGAAAAAUCUAAAGAAUCAACAGCGCGUGUGGUAGUCUGGAGGGAAAUAGGAGUACAAAGAAGCUAUACCAUGGAGAGUACUUUGUGUGGCUGUGAUCAGGGGAGAUAUAAGGGUUUACAAAUUGGUACUCGUGAAUUGGAAGAGAUGGGAGCAAAAUUUUGUGUUGGUUUAUUACGUUUGAAAAGACUGACAUCCCCACUGGAAUAUAAUCUGCCUUCCAGCCUUCUUGACUUCGAAAAUGACUUGAUUGAAUCGAGCUGCAAAGUAACUAGCCCUACCACUUACGUUUUGGAGGAAGAUGAGCCUCGGUUCCUUGAAGAAGUUGAUUACAGUGCAGAAAGUAAUGAUGAGUUAGAUAUUGAAUUGGCUGAAAAUGCAGGAGAUUAUGAAACUUCUGCUCAAGAAGAAGUACUUUCUGACUCGGAAUUAUCAAGAACAUACCUACCUUGAGCCCUCUGCCAUCUUUGGUUAACUGCAAAGAAGAAAUGAAACCUUGGUUUUUAUUACACAGGAAAUAUGAGACAAAUCAGUUUCUAGAGAACUAACUCAGAAAGACAAAAAGUAACUUGGGCCAGUUUGAUUUCAAGAUAAUAAAUGUGUUAUUAAUUCAUGAUGAAAUCGGCACUUGUUUUAUUUUAGAUAUUCAGCGCACUUACAGAGCGUUGAAUUAUCAAAUACGGAAUUUACUUUUAAGGAAAACCUCAGUAUCAUUGCAUGGAUUUUUAUCUGCUUCUGGUCGUAUUCUACAUCAAGUGGGUAAUUUUGAAGUGUGAAAAGUAUAAAAUCUAAGUUCUAGAUAAUUGUGGUCCUGAGUUGUUGAGAACUAAUAUAUAUGUACGUGGGUUUCUGUAGAUGUGUUUGUGUAGAGGUGGGUAGAUACUGAAGGUCAGGGUGUUCUUCAGAAUCAUGUUAACUGUUGGAUUGUGACUGAAAUCAUCCAGAGUUUGCCUUGAGACCAUUACAUUCUACAUUUACGAAAUUAAACAAAUAAAAACGCUAUCUAAUGUUGCAUUCAUUUCAUCAUCCUUUUUAACAAGUCAUUUGAUUUGCAGAAUCUUUGUGAGUAUAUUAUAAAAAUCCAACAUCAGAACACAUUGAUCAGAAUUUUUAAAGGAUACUUCAUUUACUUAGUUUUCAAUUUUUUUAUGGUGUAGGCAUACCUGUACCUAUCAUAAAAGAUAUACAGCAUUUGGAGAGCUCUUUUCUCUGCUGUUGUCUUUCGUGGAUGUACCUGAAGUUCAUUACUAUAGCCCAACAGUUUGUUAAGAAGCUUUAAAAAUGGAGUUAAGGGUACUAUGUGAUGUUAAAUCUGUAUUUGUAUAUUGAACUUCGACAUUUCAUGAAUUGUGCUGUGUUAUUAGAUUUAUUGAAGUGGAUUCAUUUUGGGCAUGCUGAUGUUGUUGUCAGAAUCCUAUAUGACUGGAACAAAUUUAAGCCAUUUCUUGUAGUGACAUCUUCCUGAGUUUUAAGCCAUCCUGAUGUAAGAAUGACUUUGUGGUCAAAUAAAAUAAACUCAAGGACUUUCAAUGAGUUCUUUAAGAACUAAGUUUCUGUUCCAACAAAACAAAUCCAAAAAGAUACCUCAUUAGCUGAUUAUGAAAAUUGAAAUACAGAUUGUGAAGUUGAACGAGCCCUCCUGGCGGGUAGUGAGCUGAUGUGGGAAAGAGUGGAAUACUUUAGCUGGGCAAAGUGUUAUUUAGUGAUUUAUUAAUUAUUUAUAAUUAUAAAUUAUUAUUAAUAUAUUUUACAUGAAAAUGUGACAUUUUAUUAUAAUUAUAAGUAAUUAUAAUUCUUUUCAGAGAGUAGAUUAUGGAGCCACUAUGUCCACACAUGAACUUUUCUUGAUUCUUAAAUUAGAAAUUGAAACCGAGGUAGUCCUGUAUGACACGCAACUGUAGUUACUAUAAUGUGCAGAAUAACUCAAAAACUUCUAUUUAUUAUGUUAGGAUUAUAAAAACUCCUUACUAUGUACUGUUAUAAUAGUUUACAUUGACGAAAGUACAACUUUUAACGUGUUACAAACCUGAAUAUGCCUUUUAUUAACUAAUUAUUCAUAAGAUUGAAAAAACAGUAUAGUUAGGAAAUGAUUUUUUUCACAAAUAACUUUGGAAAAACAAAAAAUUAAUUUAAAAAUCUUAACUUUCCUAAUUAGGGGUAUAACUAGGUUUCACUGGCUAUUCAUAGGUAAAAUUGCCCUAAUUUUCACUUCCAUGGCCUCAUUAUUUUGGGAUUGCCAAAGAAUAGUUGAAACGACUUCAGGGCCAUAAUCCUAAGAAGGAAUGUGCUUCCCUGUGUAGGAGUGAUGAGGUCUGAUAAACUGAGUCAAAUGGUGCAUCUUGGAUUUAUUUAAUUUACCUAAUGUUUGGAACUUUGAUUUUCUUUAAAUGUAGUUUUGAUCUAAUCAGUGGUUUUCAAAUUUUAGUGUGGAUCAAAAUUACCCGGAAGGCUUCUAAAUACACAGGUAACUGCUCAGCACCAUCCCAGAGCUUCCCAUUAGGUACACUUUGGGCAGUGGUGGUGGUUGUCUGUUGCCAACUCAUAGUGACCUCAUAUGUGCAAAGUAGAACUGCUCCGUAGGGUGUGGUCCAAAAAUUUGCAUUUCUACUUAGUUGCCAGGCGGGGAUGCUGCUGGUCCAGGAACUGCAUUUUAAGAACCACUGGCAUAAUUGAUGUGCUCUUUGUAGCCACAUCAUCACAGUUUCCUGAGAAUCAGAGAAGCCAUGAAGUGGAAAUUGGCACAGGGGAUAAUUUAGAUCAAAAAAUUUAUAGAAACCCGGAACAGUCCAUGGAGGGCAAGUAGACCACAGGGUUGCUGGGGCAGAGCCAGGGUUUUAGCUCAGGUCUCCUGACGUCCAGCCUCAUGUUCUUCCCACAAGAGGAGAUGCUAUCAUUUGCCUUUCCCCAAAGAGUAAAGCGUGUGAAAAGCUUCAGGGUCUUUCUUGAAUCAAGGUUUAUUCAGGUAAACCCGUAAACCUCCCCCCGCAAAAAAAAAAUAUGCAAAAGCCUGUGGCUCACAUUAUUGGCUGUUCUCUCAUUGUAGUCACAAUCUUGUUUAAAUACAGUAUUAUGUCCUGUAUUUAGGUCUCUUUCUUAAUCGGUCUCUGCCACUUUUGCCAGUUUUUGUGUGGGAUUUAGAAACGUGGACAUUAGUCUGGAUCCUAAUUACAAAUAAGUAACUUGGAGUUCCACUUCAGAUGGCUUACCAACAGCAAUGAGAAUGAUAUUUCUGAAUUUCAAAUACCCAAUUUAAGGUGACUGUGUUAUUAUAAGCACUGAAAUGGAUUAUACAAAAUUGUACUUGCGGAAUUUUCUUGUGCAAGCUCCGCAAAUAAAUGACAGUAAUGAAACUAUAAAUUCUUAUAAAUCCUUUUUUAUAUAUUCAUACUUUAAUUAUUAAAAAAUAUUGAUUGGAAAUUGGUGACUUUUUCAUUUACGUUGCUGAAGGUUUAGCUCUUUCUAUUAGGAAAAACUUCCUAAUGCAUAUUUUAAUUGGGAGGUUAUUCUCCUUUGCCCAAUAAAAUGUUACUGUUAAUAUUAAGUAAAUAUUUCUCUAGUUAAAAUAUAUUCAAAUUCUUGAGACACAAAUGAAAACUUAGAUGAUAGUCUCAUUUCCUUUAGGAGAGUUAGUGUUUUGAAGGUUUAGUCCUUGAAAUGUCACAUUUCAGUUGUUUUCCACUAUUAGUGAUAUUGUUAUUAAAUAAAAACUUGGAAAAGUCAAAACCUGUGUAAGGCAGAAACCUGCUGGAGAAGGAGAACUCAAAUAUUUUCCACUAAAUAGAGGGCAAUAGAAAAGUGGUGACUGCGUUCUGUCAUAGGUGGAAAACUUGUGAGACCCGGAAAAACAGGGCAGUCCUUCCGAGUUCUGCCUCUCACAGGUCUCCCUGUGUUUACAAAGCAUUUUCACUCACCUAAAUUGGGCUAAUACUAGGCAGGUAGAAGUCUACCUUUAGUCCCCUCCUGUUUCUGAACCCUGAACAGUAAUUGAGGUUCAUCUGCCCUCUUUUCCUCCUUUCCACCUUACAAGUCUUCUGUACACGUCAGACCUUUUUGACUUCCUGGUCCCCUCUAUCAAUCAACUCACAACUUCUUCAGAGCUUUGCUAGGGGUUGGCAACAUUGAGUAGCUAAACUGUUUUCCCCUUUCAGUUUGAGCUUGCUAGGCAUGCAGUGCCUAUGUCCAAACGAAUGGGAGUCUUGCAGUGGCAUCUCAGACCGUCUGCAGGCCAGUCAGAAUGAUACUUUGGAGUAUGGGACAUGGUUGGCACUGGUCGAGUACUGAAGUGACCUCUGGGGGUGUGUCCUUGCACACAUACAUCCUCACAAACCCCUGCGAAGUGCAAGUGAAUGUGGUUCCCUUCUACAUGUCAGUCCAGACAAUUUUAAAAGGGCCGAAGAGUCUACAUCUUUGAAAACAGAUGGACUUCUCCGUAGACUUUUCUUUAACCGAAGUUGUAAUUAAGUAAAGGGCUUUGAGACUAGAGGCUUACUUUCGUGGUCAUAUGCAAAAUAAUUAUUAAAGUCAAAUUAUGGAAUGUAUUUAUAGUGUCAUGAUUUUUUGUAAUUUAUACUUUCCCGUUCUUACCUCAUAUAAUCUAUAUAGGAUUUGUUUUUCUCCUGUUUUAAUCGUUAUUAACCUUAGAAAUGUUUGAUGUUUCAUCUAUUUUCUUUUUUAGAAUGGGGGCACUUGGAACAGAGUGAAUGAAUUGUGUAAUUUCAUAUAAAAAUAAAUUUCAAGAUUUGGAAAUAUCCCUUUUCAAGAAAAAGCAUUUGUAUUUAAUGUAAAGAGAGAUGUAUCCAAGACACAUCUGUCUUGGCCAACCUUUAUAUCCCCUUUCUGCAGUGCUAUGCAAGAUGAAAACUUACCAAAAACUACACCUCUGCUGUCGUCACAUAUGCUAAGAGCCAGAUCUCUUGUGGGAUGCAGUGGACACUUGUGUUGCUGCCUCACAAAAUCCAUUCUCCCCUUUGCUCUAAGCAGUGUUCAUGAUCAGUGCUUUCUGAGUCCCCAACUUCCCCCACAGCAUCCGGGGCAGAGCACAUGACCUGGGCCAAACCAGCCAGCCAUUCCAGCUGCAGAGCACAAAGAGUGGUUUGGAGUGAGCACACGACCUAAGCCAGUCCACUUAAAAUGAGUGUCAGGACUUUCGGUGGUGAAGCUAGGACAAAGACCCUUCCUUGAUAGAGAAAGAUACAGCUGCUGGCGGCCACCAUCCAGCCCUGAGAGAAGAGCAUGCCCGAGACAAGUCAACGUUGAAUAAACAGAGCCAAGAUGUUUGAGAGAUGUUGGGUCCUUCCAUCAUGUUGAGCGCCCUAUCAAGCUAUACAGGAAACCUCAAGUUGCAGCAGCUAUUUGGACCUGUAAAUCGCUUUCAUUAUGCUAUUUGAAUUGAAUUUUCUAUUACUAGUAACAGACAUGCCAGUUACACAGUAUGUCUGAAAUCUGUCUGAAAAGCCACUAAAACUGAGUGUCCAUCCCUGAAGGGGCAGCUCCACCCAAAGCACCUGUCUUAAGAGAAGUUACAAGGAAGAGAUGAGUUCUUUAUCCCAAGAGUUAACAGGGCAGGCAAAAACAAGAGAUGUCCACGCAUACAUCUCAGACUUCAGCUAGCUUUUAUUUUGUGUCUACCAAAAAAUGUGUGCUGGGCUGCAAAUGACCCAUAUUUUUGUCAUUGUUUGCUCGAAACUCAGAGUAUUUCCUCCAGUGAUGAGAUUUGCUUUUCGUUUGUUCAGAGAGAAUAUUGUCCCAGGAGCUGGCUUUUCAGCAUCUUGAAAGUUAUCUUUAGUCAUAAUGAAGGACACAAAUGUGGUUAAAUAUUAAUAUUGAAGCUGAGUACCUCUUUAAUGGGGCAUCAUAAUAACAAGAUGGACCCAGAGAGCAAGCUGAGAGGGAUCAGAGAUCCCUUUAUUGAGUUAUAUCAAUUAGACCAAUUAAUGCAAAGACAGGGAGUAAGAGCUUGAAGUCUCUGGUAUUCACAAACAUAACGGGAUGAGGUCUUAGUACCGUUAAAUCACCAGUUUCAAAGCUCUAUCCAUCCACCCUUUGAUUGGAACUGCAAAUCUCUGCUUUUUAAUCCACCCAGGACUCAUAGAUAAAAAGCAUUUAAACAGUCCUUUGAAGAAGUGCUUUCCUGAAAGUUAUUUCAUUUGAGUUUCACCGAAAUGCUAUUAAACAGAUAUCACUAGCAUUUCCAUUUUAUAUGUGAAGAAACUGGAGCUUAGUGAGGCCAUAUGAUUUACCUGGGCUUGCUGGUAUGUAGCAGAUCGGGGACUCAGAUCUGAGCGUGGGGUCCAUCUUCGGAAGACACCGUGCUUUCCCUACGUUCAGCUAACUCAUGGCCUGUGCCAUCUCUUUCUGCGAGGGAGCCGGCCCGGUCAGCCUCGUAUAGUGUGGUGAUGGUGGAAGAAUCUGCCAUAGUGCUCUGAGGGAGGGUGGGGAGAACUAAAGCUGACAGAAUAUUUUGUAUGUUAGUCACACUUCUGGGUGCUUUAUGAAAACCAUCUUAACGGAACCUCUUUUUUAGCCCAUGGAAUGAUUCUCAUAUUUUCCAAAUCACUAUUUUAUGGGUAGUUGGGAGGAGGGUGGUAUAUCCAGCUUUUGUUUUUAAUCAUUUUAUGUGUAUAUAUUUUUUAAAGGAGAGACCCUUGAGCCUUUUUUAUUUUUGUUUAACAGAAUAGGUAAUAGUUUAGUACAAGCCUUUCUCCAUCUGUCUUUUAUGGUCUCUCAUAUGGCUUGGAAAGGCUGCUUAUAUAUCUGCGAUGCUGAGGAAAAAUAAUUUUGUCCAACACGCUAAACGUAAGUUUUGUGUAAUAGACUUACCUAAAGUAAAUUUUUGCUUUAUUUAUUUAUUUUUUAUUGGAAAGAUAGUUUAUUCUGUGGCUUUAUUAACUGGCAGGGCCAAAAAACAAGUUUUGUAUCUCAGAAAAGGAAAGUAUUACACACUUCAUCUCUUCAAUUACACAACAUGAGAAAUGCUCAAGCCGUUGGCUUAAUUUCCUAAGGUGCCAUAACAAAGUAUCACAAAACAUAUGGCUUUGAAGAACAGGAAGGUGUUUUCUCUUCGUUCUGGAGGUUGGAAGUCCAAAUCAGGAUAUCGGCUGAGUUCAUCCCUUCUGAAGACUGUGGGAGGACCUGUUCCAUGCUUGGCUCUUGGUUUCUGUGCUCCCGGCAAACCUCAGCAUUGCUUUGCUGCUUGUUGAUCAUCUGCCUUCAUUAUCACGUGCUUUCUGUCUGCCCCCUGUCUGUGAUCCUGUUCCUUGUCUUUCCUUUUAUAAGAUACCUGUCAGAAUGGAUUGGUGUUAGGAGAGGACCCACUCUACUCUCAUAUGACUCCAUUAACUGAUACCAUCUGCAAAGAAAAAGCCUGUUUCCCCAAACAAGGCCACAGGUACGGGGGCUAGGACUCCAGCGUGGCUUUUUGGGAGACACCAUUCAAUUCAUUAACAGUUCUUAUGCAAAUACUUACAAGCCCACAAUUACCUAUUUUUCUAGAUGCAAUUUUAGAGGAAUAUAACCUUUCUAACCCUGGUGGCGCAGUGGUUAAAUGCCACAGCUGCUAACCAAAAGGUUGGCAGUUCAAAUCCACCAGGUGCUCCUUGGAAACUUUUUGGGGCAGUUCCACUCUCUCCUAUAAGGUUGCUAUGAAUUGGAAUCUACUUGAUGGCAACAGGUUUUUUUUUUUUUGGUGUAGUACGAAACAAGAAUAAGAUGACUUAAAAACACCAACUUUAUAUUAAUUCAUGAUGGAGUUGUUGGCAAAAUUUUUAUUCAUUGUUUGAUUAAGCUUAGUUGGUAUCAUGUUCAAAGUUUUCUAAUUCUAAGAGUGAGUGUGGUAAUUAUGAACUAGGAACAGCCAGCUUAACCAUUUUGACCAGGUGCUGCCUAGUAAAAGGCGUCCAUUAUGGAUAAUUGUUAGAAUUUGUAUACUGAACUCAAAAACAUAAAUGUCCCAAACAAUGAAGAGGGCUUUGGGAUUCUACAUGGUUGUAUUUCCAGUAAAUUUGAUGUUGGAAAUUUCAUCGCGUCUUUGCAGAUAAAACAGCCUCUGUGUAAGACUACUCCAAAACAUGCCAGUCUGUCCAAUACUAGAGUGAAUGAAAGGAUGACUUUUUGUUUUGAUGAUGAUAAAGGCUAACAUUUACAGAGUGCCUGCUAUGUUAUGGUUGCUUAUCUGUGUGAUAGUAUGUGGUAUAUAUUAAAUAGGUAUAUAUAUAUAUGCCUAUUUUAUCCUCACAGCAAACUAUGAUAGGUAUUACUGUUGUUGUUAGGCACUGUCAAGUUGGUUCUAACUAUAGCGACCCUAUAGGACAGAGUAGAACUGCCCCAUAGGGUUUCCAAGGAGUGGUUGGUGGAUAUGAACUGCCCACCAUCUCUGGUUAGCAGCUGAACUCUUAACCACUGUGCCACCAGAUACCCCCAUUUUACAGAUGAGGAAACUAACUUGCUAAAGGUCACACAGCUAAUGAUUCUUAGUCAAGUCAAGCGGAAAAGAAGCUACUGAGAACUACUUUAGGGGAUUUAUAAAGCUAUCAUCCUAGAUUGCAUACCAUUUGACCAGGAAGCACAUUUCAUAGUCAAUAUGGUUCAAAAAUGGGCUUAUACUUAUGGAAGCUGCCAUUUUGCCUAUCACCCUCAAGAAACUGGAACAGUGGAACAAUGGAAUGUACACUCUAAGUCCAAGCUCAGGACGCUUACGAACUCUAGAGCUUCGCAGGAUGGCCUUCUAUUCCAUCUCAGGCCAUUUAACUCUCAGGAGUAGCUCUGUUCCUGGUACUAACCUCCUAUCACAUGGCUCCUUGAUGGACAGGGCCAAAGUGUGAGUAAGAAUGAUGGAAUUCAGAUAGCACUUCAGCCAAUACAUGAUCCGGUCCUCCUGUUAUACCUACCACAAACAGAUCCAAUGGAGUAAGAAGUGAGAAGUCAUAAACCUUUUUUUGUUGAAAGGAGAGACAAUAGAAGAACUGGCUUAUUGCCUAGACUGAGAUAAAUAAAAAAAAAAAAAUACAACAUGGAAAAUUGAGAAAAAUUUCAUGGACUGAGGGAAAAAAAGGAAAUAUAUGAUUCUAAAAUUAGUAUCUCCUAUGCUAUUUGUUUAUAAAUCUAGAGGAUCACUAUGAUAAGAAACCACUGAUAAAGUCAGAAUGUGAGCGCUCCCUCUUGGGGGAAGUGCCACAGUUUAUAACACAUCCUGCUAUCCCUUAUGCACCUGACUGGGACACACUGGACAGGUGCUGCAAGGGAGGCUAUAGAAGGAGACCAGGCAUGGAUGCUAAUAAUUAUAAUACCUGAUCACCCCUCAGAUGCCAUCUGUGAGUGGAACCUGGGUUGUAGGCAGUCUCACAACUAUGGGAUGGCUGAGACUGCUCAGAGAAGACAAUGGAUGGAAACAGGUGCUGAUCAGCACUCAGUGACAGGGCUCUGACUCACAGGGCAGACCCAAAGAACUGAAGUUUUGGGUUAUAUGCAAAUACCAACUUGUACAGGAACAAUGAAACAUUUUUACAGUCUUAGAGAAGUGGAAAGUUGUUUCAAACAUUGUGCCAUUUUGCUGAUCCUCCCAGAAAGGCAAACAAGUAAAAGCCAGAGAUAGCAGAUCAAGACUUUGCCUUUAGUGUUUGGUAUCUUUGCUCUGGUGUCACAAAUGGCUAAAUGCUCGACGGCUAACCAAGAGGCUGGCAGUUCAGACACCCAGUGGCUUUGCGGGAGAAAGAUGUGGUGAUCUGCCUCUGUAAAGAUCACAGCCUAAAGAACCCUAUGGGUAAUCCUACUCUGUCACAUGGGUUUGCUAAGCGUAUAAAUCCACUUGACAGCACCCAGCAACAACAAUUUAAAUAGUCCCCUUCCAUGUCAAAACUCUCUGCCUGGGAAUUUGCAGGGGAAAGAUGUAACACCCAGAGGUGUAAGUUCAGCAUAGGUCUUUCCAAUGAUUGUUUUAAUCUUUAACAUCCCCGCUAAUUAACACCACCCGUAUGUUCUCCAGUAGUCCACUGUAGGUUUUUUUAAUUGCCCCAGCUUGGGAGCCCUGAAAUCUUACUAAUCUUUUGAAUUUUCUGACCUUGUUCAAAUGGGAGGAUGCCAUUUAUUGGAUGCAGCUUCUCUGAUGUGGGAUUAGUUUGCAUUGGGUGGAAUACGUAAUGUCCGUUUAAUUAAAUCACCAAAUAUUUCCACCACAGCUUGGGGGGCGUUGGAGACCCAAAUUAUAGCAGCGGCCUAUUGGUUGAAGGAAAAUGAUGCAAUGUCCGUUCUAUUCCCACAAGAUAAUUUAUAUAUGUUUAUAAUAAGGUGAGGGAAGGAAAGCAAGAGAUGUUUACAAUCUUUGUAUCUCACUUAAAACUGCCUAGAAAAUGUCUCUUCAUUUUGGAUCAAAGAUUUCCUUAAAAUGUCAUAGAUAUUGGGGACCCUUUAGUCAGUAAACCACUAGCAGGGCAAACUCAAGAGAUCUUUGUACCCCACUAACCCAGCCUUUGGGAUUCUAUCAGAUGCAGGUCCUUAUUUCAUGGCCUAUAUGGGGGCAUUGGAAACGCUGGUGGCGUAGUGGUUAAGUUGCUAUGGCUGCUAACCAAAAGGUCAGCAGUUCAAAUCCACCGGGUGCUCCUUGGAAACUCUAUACGCAGUUCUACUCUGACGUAUAGGGUCGCUAUGAGUCAGAAUUGCCUUGACGGCAAUGGGUUUGGUUUUGUGGUGUAUGGGGGCACUAAAAAGGUCUCUGGGUGGCUGGAACAAAUGGUUCAUACUUGGCUACUAACCAACAAUUAGUGGUUUGAACCCGCCCAGCAAAGCCAUGGAGAUAAGGCCUGAUGGCCUGCAUCCAUAAAGGUUAUAGCCAAGAAAAUCUUAUGGAGCGUUUCUGAUCUGUGACAUGGGGUCGCCAUGAGGUGGAAUCGACUCAACAGCAGCCGUUUUUAAAAAUUUUUUAUUUUCUUCAAUUUAUGGGAGCAUUGGUGGUUCAGUGGUAGAAUUUCCUCACCUUCCACGUGGAAGACUCUGGUUCCAUUCUUGGCUAACGCACCUCAUGUGCAGGCACCACCAUCUGUCAGUGGAUGUUUGUGUGUGGCUGUGAUGCUGAACAGGUUCCAACAGAGCUUCCAGACUAAGACAGACUAGGGAGAAAGGCCUGGAGAUUCACUCUUGGAAAUCAGCCAAUGAAAACCCAGUGUGGAUCACAACAGUCUGAUCUGCAAUGGAUCAUGGGGCCAGUGCGGAACCCCGGCAGCAUCUCAGUCUGUUGUGUAUGGGGUUGCCAUGUGUUGGCAGUGACUCAGUGGCAGCUGACAGCCCUAAUUCUUCUGGGAAAAUGAGUGUUUGCCCAUAUCAGAGUCAUCACCAGGAGGAAUACCUGGCCCGAUGUGGUCUUGGAAAGUCACUCAUGUUGUGUAAGUGGAGCCCGAUUUAAAUAACCUAUCAGGGCAGCCUUGAAAAGGAAAGGUAGGAGAUGACACAGUAGUGCAAUAUGUGAGAUUCGUGCAUUCAAUCCGUAACAAACACAUUGAUUUUUUUUUUUUUCCUUUUUAACAGGAAGUACAGCUUAUUUAGGAGUCCCUGGGUGGUGCAGUUAAAGCAUUCAGCUGCUAACCGAAAGGUUGGAGGUUCAAAUCCAUCCAGAGGCACCUCAGAAGAAAGGUCUGGCUAUCUACUGCUGAUAGUCAUUAAAAACCCUGUCGAGCACAGUUCUAUUCUGACACACAUGGGGUCACCAUGAGUAAGAAUCGACUCGAAGGCAGCUAUUUUUUGGGAGGUAGCUUAGUUGAAAAAGCUUGAGUGCUGGAUUUAUCAGACUUGGGUUCAAAUACUAUCCUCCAUUAUUUAACCAGCUGGGUGGCCUUGGACAAGUGCCUGGAUCUCCCUGAGCCUCAGUUUCCACAUCUGUAAAAUAAUGAAGCCUGUGUCAUAGGAUUAUUGUGGGGAUAAAUUAUAUUCGUAGAGUGUCAGGCACAAAGCAACAACCUCUUGGCUGAAGGGAAAUGGUGCAACUCAAAAGAGCAAAGCUUAGUCUGUUCUGUUCCCACGAGAUAACUGAUGUGUGUUUGGAACAAGGAGAGGGAAGUAAAGCAAGACAUGUUCUACAGUCUUCAUAGCUCAAUAAGUAGGUCAACCCUGUAGAUGGUGGCCCAUUUGGCUCAAUUUCAUGUAUUCAACUUAGUAUUUUAGAAUUUUUUUGUCCUUCCAUAGAAUC